ACUUGACUUGGGUGCUCUGCAUCCAUCGUCUCUUUUUAUUUCUCUUCAAUUCCCCUGUUUCUGAGGCGACUCUUCUUCUUCUUCUUCUCCAUGGCGCUUGAGACUGGAAGUAUCAGAUUCGAAGAGGAAUUUAUAUUGAACUCUCGAGGAUUUAAACUUUACACAUGCAGAUGGCUCCCUGGAAAUACAGAACCAAAAGCCUUAAUCUUUCUCUGUCAUGGUUAUGCCAUGGAGUGCAGCAUCUCCAUGAAAGGAACUGGAAUUCGACUUGCAAUGGAAGGUUUUGCAGUGUAUGGGAUUGAUUAUGAGGGCCAUGGGAAAUCAGAUGGGUUGGAAGCCUAUAUCCCUUUCUUUGAUGAUCUUGUCAAUGACUGUUCCAGCUAUUUUACGAGCAUAAGUGAGAAGACAGAGAACAAAAGAAAAUUGAGAUUUCUAUUGGGAGAAUCAAUGGGUGGAGCAGUGGCUCUUCUCUUGCACCAAAACAAGCCAGACUAUUGGGAUGGUGCAGUCUUGGUUGCUCCCAUGUGUAAGAUAGCAGAUGAUAUGAAACCUCAUCCAUUGGUUCUUAGUGGAUUGGCUAAGCUUUCCAAAAUCAUUCCCAAAUGGAAAAUCAUCCCAACUAAAGAUAUAAUUGAUCUCGCCAUUAAAGAACAAGAAAGGAGAGAUGAGGUUCGCUCAAACCCUUUGUGUUACAAGGGAAAGCCACGCCUAAAAACUGGCUCUGAGCUUCUCAGGGUCAGCUUAGAAUUGGAAAAGAAUCUUUACCAGGUGUCAUUACCUUUUCUAAUAGUGCACGGAGGCGACGACAAAGUAACGGAUCCGUCCAUAAGUAAAUUGCUAUACGAGUCUGCAGCAAGCGAAGACAAGAGCUUCAAGUUGUAUCCAGGGAUGUGCCAUGCCCUAACAUCAGGUGAACCUGUUGAUAACAUCAACCUCGUCUUCACCGACAUUAUCGACUGGUUGGAUCACAGAACAACACCUGGGACGACGACCUCCAAAUGGGAAACAGAGCAGAAGGCUCAAUUUGAUGACCCUCACAUUCAUGCUCUCCAAGGCAAGAAAAUGCUUGUAGACCCUUAA